AUGCCUAUCCGCACGUAUUUUGACAUUGAUAUCGAUGGUCGGCAUGAGGGCCGAAUAGUUUUUGAAUUGUUCGAUGAUGUUGUACCAAAAACAGCAGAAAAUUUUCGUGCACUUUGUACAGGAGAAAAGGGUAAUACUGCAUCAGGAAUACCAUUGCACUAUAAAGGAUCUAUAUUUCAUCGUGUGAUUAAGAAUUUCAUGUGCCAAGGUGGUGAUUUCACAAAAGGAAAUGGUACUGGAGGUGAAAGCAUUUAUGGUGAAAAAUUCGAAGAUGAGGCUUUUGAAUAUAAGCAUGAUCAGCCUUUUCUCUUGUCGAUGGCGAAUGCCGGUCCUGGCACCAAUGGAUCACAAUUUUUCAUCACUACAAAUAAAGCUGAACAUUUGGACGGAAAACAUGUGGUUUUUGGUAAAGUGAUCAAAGGUAAAUCUGUCGUUCGUGCCAUUGAAGCUGUUAACACUGCAGGCGAGACACCGGUAAAAACCAUCACGAUUGCUGAUUGUGGAGAAUUAAAGGAAGGUGAAGAUGACGGCAUACCGCAAUUAACGGACGGUGACGUGUACGAAGAUUGGCCUGAGGAUCAAGGGUCCUUAGAACAAAAUGAAUUGCUUCAAAUCGCAAAGAAAGUAAAAGAUAUCGGUAAUGAUUAUUUCAAAAAGGCUGAAUACGAAAUUGCGACUAAAAAGUAUUCAAAGGCUAUUCGAUAUUUGGAUGCGAAUUCAGGUUCUGAUGAAGAUGAUGAUUCAGCAAAGCUUCCUGAUGAAUUUUACGAACUAAAAGUUUCAUGCUACUUAAAUAAAGCAGCAUGUUCGCUUAAAUUCAACGAAUGGGGUGAUGUCGUUCAAGCCGCAAACGUGGUAUUAGAAAUGCCUGAAAAAGUGUUAUCACCCAUAAUUCGGACUAAAGCAUUAUUUAGACGUGGUUCGGCAAAAGUUGGUAUGAAAGAUGAGGAAGAAGCAAUUAAAGAUUUGCAAGAAGCUGCCAAAUUAAAUCCAGAUGAUCCUGCCAUCACUAAAGAGUUGGUUGUUGCCAAGCAACGACUCGCCAGUAGGGAAAAAGCGCAAAAGAAAGCUUAUAGUAAAUUUUUUGAAUAA